AUGCCAUCUUUAUCAUUUUUAAUAUUCCCACUAUUUUUUAUACAAUUUUUUGGAUUUACACAGGUAGGUUUUCUCACAUUCUUUUUUUUCUAACCAUAUUUUGUUAUAGUCAAUACAUCAUCAUUUAAACGAAGAAGAGCUCAAACAAGUAUUUGGGGUUUCAAAUAAAAAUGACGUUCCGGAAUAUUCUUUGAUACAAACCACACGAGUAAAAAAGUCAGUAAAUGGUAACCAUGAAAUGAAAUUCAUCGCUUGGAACGACACUUAUCAUCUUGAUCUACAGAAAAAUUCGCGAAUAGUCAGUCCGCAUAUUGUAAGUUUUUGCCCUUUUUUGAUAUCCUUAUCAUAUUAUAUGUAGCCAUAAUAAAUGAAAGUUGGAUGAAAGUGAACGCUUAUGUAAUCUAAUCACUUUCUAUUUCAGUUUUCAUCCCAUUUUUUUGCAGAUUUCUGUGAUUCGACAUGGUGAAGAUGACGUAACCACUUUCAAUGGUUUACGAGAUUAUCAACAAUGCCACUAUCAGGUUUGUUUUCAUUUUUCUUUUUUAUUACACAUUUUUUUGAAAAAAAACGAGGUGAAAGUGAGAUGCGAUGAGUAAUUUAAAUAAUAUGUGUGGUCUAGUCAAAUAUUGAAAUAAGAUUAAAUAAUUUCGAAACAUUAGUUUGUUAAUAUUUUAAACCUUCUGGAAGAAACUCGAUAUAGCAUAAAUUCCUUGACUAAGCACAAGCAUUCAAAGUUCUGAUGAAAUUACUAGGAAUUCUCAUGAGUUUUGGUUUUUUAAAUAUACUUUUUUGAGCGACUGCUUGGCUCAUCCUCAAAAUUUCUAUACCCAAAACUUCAUAAAAAUGAUUCUUAUAACAAAGAUCAUUCAACGAUUUUGUUCCAGGGAACUGUCAAAUCGCAUAACAAUAUGAAAGCAGCAAUUUCCGACUGUGGCGCCCUUAUGGGAUCAAUUGUAAUGGAAGAUCAUUUUCUUGUGUUGCAAACUUUACCAAAACGAGUUCAACAUCUUCAGGUUUUUUUCACUAUUUUUUCGUUUUUUAAUCCGCUUAAAAAUUCGUUUUUUUUUUCAUUUAGAAAGAACAGCAUUUGGUGUAUAAACGGGCUGCUGGUUUGUUAACCGAUUCGGAAAGGCGAAUAAGGGAAGAAAUUACAAAACUACAGGAAUCUCAAGAAUCAUUUUGUGAUACUAGUGAAUCAUUGGAUGAUCCUUCAAUGAGUUAGUGAGAAAUGGGAAAAUAAUUUUAUAGAAAAACAUGUAAACUUCUGGGGUUUUUUGCUUUUGCGGGUAACAUUUGCAAUAACUUUUAUAUUUUGCUUGUGCUUAUUUCAAAAAGCUUUUCCUAUUCAGCAAUUCCAGCCCAUCUGCAUUUCAAUUACACUGUUCCAUCAUCUGCUCAACUGGAUUCCCCAUUCAUUUUUCCGAAUAUGGAUCCAAUAACUCUAGAAAUCGGUUUAUUUUUGGAUUCAAAACUCUAUGAACAUUUUCAAAGGUAUUAUAAUUUAUCGAAAUAGAAAAACAAAAAAUCAAUGUUUCAGAGAAUAUAUCCAAAAUGCUGAGCAACAUCUUCUAGAGUUUUCUCUAGCUCUCAUCAAUAAUGUUCAUGUUUUAUACCAACAAGAUACGCUAACUCCAAAUCUUGAAAUUGUUAUUGUCAGAUAUGAAAUGUGGAAAACACAACCUGUAAGUUAACUUUUCUUUAAGUUUUGGACCAAUUUCUAAAUUUUAGAGCGCUUUGAGCACAGCUGUUCACAAAAAUGGUCAAGCGCAAAGUCUUCUCGAUUCAUUCUGUAGAUAUCAAGCACAUAUGAAUCCUGGAACUGAUUUGACGGAUAUGAACCAUUGGGAUCACGGUGUACUUCUUACUGGAUAUGACAUUUAUCAUACAACUACUUCUGUCGCCGGAGUUGCACCGGUUGCAAGAAUGUGCGAUCCACUUUUUGCUUGUUCUUUGGUGGAAGGGUUACAUCUGGGAAGAAGUUUUGUGUUAGCUCAUGAAAUGGGACACAAGUGAGUUAUGGGCCUAUGCAGAAUAAUAUUUUGUAAUAAAAAACAUUUUAAAAAAACAUAUUUUUCCUAUGCAGAAAAAUGUCAACACGAAAUGAGAGAGCGCAGACAGAAAAAUAGUUUCUUGUAUUUUUUGUGCAAAAAAUCAGUUUUUCUGCACUCUCUCAUUUCGUGUUGUCUCCACUCGAAAAUAGUAAACUGUAUAUUUUUUUUCUUCGACAUUUUUCUGCAUACAUAUAUUGUUUUUUAAUGUUUUUUAUUACCAAAUAUGAUUUUGCAUAGGCCCAUUAUGCAAAAAUUGUGAGAAAUCUCAAGAAAUGAAUUACUUGAUUUAUUAGUAAAAUCGUAAAAUUCUUUUGUUAAUUUUCGACACAUUUUAUAUUCUUCAUGUUCUAUGAAGAGUGGGAAUUGAAAUUUCCCAGGAAAUCUAUUUUUGAAAUUUAUAAUUUUUGGUGAAUAAUAUUUUUCCAGCAUGGGUAUGGUACACGACGGAGUUCAAAAUCAGUGUAGUCGAUCUUGUUGUUUGAUGUCUGCUGUAAACGGUGCUGGAAAAACAACUUGGUCUGAAUGUUCAGUCAGAGAGUUCAAUGCAUUCUUACUGCAGCUUGAGUAAGUUAUUCUAAAAUUAAAAAAUUCCCUCAUUUUUUACAACAAAAAUUUACAGCGAAUCUGGACGCGGUAAUUGCCUUCGCGAUGCUUCUCCAGGUCUUGUUGGGACCAAUCAUCUCACAGAUGUUCGACUUCCUGGUCAACGAUUCACCGCAGAUCAACAAUGUGCAUAUUUUUGGGGUCGAGAUUAUCGAGUGGAGAUUCCAAACGGUCGAGUUAUGGAUGAUAUUUGUCGUAUUUUGUGGUGUGGAAAUAGUGGAUCUACCAUUUCAACAGCACAUCCAGCAUUAGAAGGAAGUUGGUGUGGAGAUAACAAAGUGAGUUGAUUUCUCAACAAUUCUUGAAACAUGUUUCAAAAAUUGAAUUGUAGUGGUGCCGAAAAGGUCAGUGUAGUCACUGGCCAAUUGGUCAACCCCCACCGGCACCAAUCGACGGAGCUUGGAGUGAAUGGGGUGGUUCUGAAAAGGGAUGUCCAAUUCAACAAUGUCAAGUAUCUGGAAGUAUUGUUGUUCAAUCUCAACAUCGUGAUUGUGUUGACCCUGCGUGAGUUUUUUUUACUGAAAACUUUAGAACUAUACAUCCAUACAUAUAAAAUUAAUAAUUAUUUUCAGUCCAAACAAUGGUGGAAAAUCUUGCGAUGGUUCAAAUAUCAGAGGAAUUGUUUGUGGUUCAACAAGUAGUAAUUGCCUCGGAUUUAGCAGAGAAGAAUUCGGAAAUAAGAUUUGUUCUUCUAUCAAAUAUGAUCCACAUAAACCUGACCAUCAAUUGACUGGAGAAGGAUUUGAACGUAAGAUCUUUUUGGAAUUAACUUGAGCCAAAAUAUGAAUUCCUUUUCAGAUUCAACUCAACCUUGUCGUGUUUGGUGCCAUUUGAUUGAUUCUGAACUCAUUCGUAACAAAGGACAAUUUCCUGAUGGAACACCAUGUGCUCCAGAUUCAUAUUGCGUUGGUGGACAAUGUCUGCCACUUUCUUGUGAUGAUAAAGCUUUGGUUGAGCAAACUGAAGAUUGUCCAAGAUUGGGAGGAAGAUCUGUUGCUGAAUGGGAAGAAUGGGGUUUGUGGUCAGAAUGUAGUCAGACUUGUGGAAGAGGUGGAACCCAGAUUCGAAAGCGGGAAUGUUCUUCUGGACAGAAAUGCCGAGGAGUUUCUGAAGAGUCGAAGCGGUGUGAUCAAAUUCUACCGGAAUGUGUUGAAUAUGGAGAAUGGCAAGAUUGGAGUGAUUGUAGUCAAAAGUGUGCAUUGGGUGUUCAAACAAGAGUUCGGUCUUGUCUCACAUCUUUCUGUUCAAGAAAACAAUUGCGAGAAGAAAGACCGUGUGAUAAUGAAGGAUGUUGGACAAAUUGGGAUGAAUGGUCUUCUUGUUCACAAACUUGUGGAGGAGGAAAACGAUAUCGUAUUCGCAAAUGUCUUGACGAUAAAUGUGAUGGAGAUGAUUUAGAAAAAGAAACUUGUAAUGAAGAGAAAUGUGUUCAACAAACGUGGGGAGAUUGGUUGCCGUGCUCAGUUUCAUGUGGAAUCGGUUUUCAAAUUCGAGAAAGAUUAUGUGACGGACAACUCUGCCAAGUUGCAAAUAAACAAGCACGAACAUGCAAUCAACAACAAUGUCCAUCAUUAUUGUCAGUUGCAAUUUGGAAUGAAUGGGGAGAGUGGUCGACUUGCACAGCAUCCUGUGGUGAAGGAAGUCAGGUUAGAGAACGUGGAUGUCGAAGAGGAUCUUGUUCAGAAAAUGAUGCAAGUCAGACAAGAAGAUGUGUUAAUGGACCAUGCGAUAGCUCAUAUUUUGAAUGGAGUGAAUGGACUAAUUGUAUUUCUUGCUCAUCUUUUGAUGUUCGACAAAGAUUUGCGAAAUGUGAUGGAACAACUGAAGGCUGUAAAGACAAAGUUGAAGAAGAAUCAUGUGAUAAUGUUUGCCUUCGAGAACACACAAGUUCUUCACGUCGACCAAGAAUUAUCACAAGUAAUGAUUUAAGAAAAGCAUUUGGCAAACCAAUUCAUCCAAUUGAUCCGAUUUCAAAUUGGUCGGAAUGGUCUAGUUGUAGUGUGACUUGUGGAAAUGGACUUCAAAAACGAACAAGAUCUUGCGAUGAAGGAAUUUGCUCUGAAACUCAAGAAUGCAACAAUAUUAGUUGCCUUGAAAUGUUUGUUUGGAGUGAUUGGUCUGAAUGUUCGAAAUCUUGUGGAAAAGAAGGUGUUCAAACCAGACAGAAACUGUGUCUUUUCAAUUCAGCAGAGGUAUGUAAAAUUAUAAGACAUUCUAUUUUAAGCAAUCCAUAAAUUUUUCAGUGUUCAAACUUUGCUGAAAGUCGAAGAUGUAGUAAUCUACCGUCAUGUAGCAGUAAUUCAGUAUCUGAAUUUGAUUUUGAUGCACCAUCUUGGUCAGAUUGGUCAUCUUGGAGUGCAUGUUCAUGUUUCUCAUUAACAUCUACACGAAGACGUUUCUGUCAAGUAACCGAUCCAACAGUUCAAGGUUUCUGUGCUGGUCCAAUUCUAGAGCAAAUCCCAUGUGUUCCUGCAAGUUGCACUCCAUCUGCUGGAAGUUGGUCGUCUUGGUCAAAUUGGUCAUCAUGUUCUAAAGAUUGUGGUGAAACGGGACACCAGAUACGUAACCGAAUGUGUGGAGAACCAAUACCUUCUAACCGAGGAGCAUAUUGCCCUGGCUAUUCAUUCGAUCAAAGACCGUGCAAAAUUGAUCAUGAAUGUGGAGAAAAAGUGGAUGGUGGCUGGACCGAAUGGACAGAUUGGAGUGAAUGUAGUGAUCAUUGUCGAAACGGCCAUAGAAGUCGAACAAGAUUCUGUGCAAAUCCAAAACCUAGUCAAGGAGGUGCUGCUUGUUCUGGUUCUGAUUUUGAACUUCAACCAUGUUAUGAUCCAACAAAGUGUCAUUGUGAGUUUGAUUUUUUUUUUAAUUAUUUUGAUUUCUGCAUGAGUUAGAAAUUUUUAGUUUUAUUCGUUUCAUAUAGUUUUAGCACUUCAUAAAUUUUAGAGAAUUUUUUUAGUUCAAUUAAGUUACACUACAGAUUCAGUUUGAAAUAAGCACUUCCAAAGAUUUCAACUAUUUUUCAACGGUUGCAAAAUUUAUUUAGCUGAAAAGUUUAGUGGGCAUAGUUUAUCCGAAAAUAGUUUCUAAAAUUUUUUAUUUCAAAAAAAACAUUUCCAGGUGUUUUUUUCAGAAUUUUUUUUUUUAGAAAUAUGUAGUUUUAAGCUGAUAGUUUUGAACCAAGGCAAUAAUAUGUUCAUUCAUAAGUAGGAAUCAUAAUUAAUAGCAUAUUUAGUGAUAUUCUCAAAAUAUAGAGCAAAACUUCCUUUUGAUAAUCAAAUUUCUAGAGAAAAAUUAUUUCAAAAUCCCUUCUCCAUACAUUUCUCGCACUAUUUUGUUUUGCAUGUUGUUUUUUUUUCUAUUUUCUCAGCACGAGAUGGCGGUUGGUCUUCUUGGACAGAUUGGACAUCAUGCUCGGCAUCUUGCGGAUUUGGCUAUCAAUCAAGAGAUCGGACGUGUAGCUCACCAAUGCCCAUGGGAGGACAAUCUUGUGACGGAUUAGCUCAUCAAAUGUCACUUUGUGAUUUGCCAGCAUGCAAUUAUGGUAGCACUAUUUUUUCAGUUUUUAUCUAGAUUUUCUCAAAAAAAAAUUUUUCUCCCCAAAAACAAAUCUUAAUUGUUAUAGAAAGUGAUGGUGAAUGGUCGGCAUGGAAUGAAUGGUCAAAUUGUAUGGGUAAUUGUGGUGUUGGAACAAGAACCAGGUGCGUUUCUAGAAUUUUCCCUAGUCCUAACACAAAAACAUUUUUUUUUCUUGACACAAUGAAACAAAAAAACCAUGUGUGAAAACGAAUACUCUUUGUUUUGUUUGCUCUCCUCACAUGAAAGAAGUAGUAUUUGUGAAAAAUGAGAAGAAAGUACAAUUUUCGGAAAAUGUUUCCUUUUCUUUCUUUCUUUUUUCCGUUUUUUUUUCUUCCAAUGGAAUGGAAGAAAACGAAGAAAGAUUUGCGAUUAGCUAUAAAUCAUUUACACUUGGUUUUAGUUGGGGAGAAAAGAUGCAAAUUCAAUUUUGUUUUGCCAUUAAUCAGCACAUACAUAAACCUUGACUAUUAAUUAUUAUUAUAUUAUGUUAAAGUGGCCAUAUGUCGGCUAAAAAGACGACCAAAAAAUUUGCAUUAACAGCCGCUGAAUGUAUAAACAAUGAGCCAUAAUUGUGAAUUAGCGGCAAAAAGAAGGACACUUCACAAAUAUAAAAAGACAUGUGACGCUGAUUUAGAUGAAGAUUUCGAUAAUUUCUUUCUCUUUAUGUGUUUUUGUGUGUGUCUUGUGAGGUGUGAAGCUUAAAGAAAAGAAGGAUUAGUUGUCCUAAUUUUCUGAAGCUUUUUUUCUCAUUCAGAGUACGAACUUCUGAUUGGAAUGACGUUAUAUUUAAUGUAAAUGCCCUCAUUUCUGACAAAGAAGCUUAUAAGAAAACUGAAUACGAAUUUGGAUUUUCAAAUAUUAUGAUUGAUGUUAGAGAAUUUUCCGUGUCGAGAAAACAUAUGAGCGAAAUGUAUUUUCAAAAACACACUCAAUGAAGGCCCAUAAAAUUUAAAAAUGUGUGCCCCUAGAAUUAUCUUCGGCUAUAAAUCGUUAACUAAAGUUAUAUCCCAAAAACAUAAUCAUUCUGAAAAGAUCUCACAAUAAAAAUCAAAUAAAUUUUGUUUUCCAGAGUUCGCGCAUGUGUCAGCCCUCCUUCUUUGAAUGGUGGUCAACCAUGUUUUGGUCGAUCAUCAGAAAUUGAAGAAUGUCCAACAUCUGCGAAUAUCUGCUCAUCGUUCAUCACAUCAUCAAUUCUAGCAGAUGGUUAUUUCAUCGAUAUCGAUCAGUAG